ACUGACAGUCGUUUGUUAUUUUCCCAUCCAAUUGAUAUUUUAUUUUUAAAAGUAAUAUAAAUAUAUAUACGUCCCCUUCCUUUGAAGAAGACUGUCUUCAAAACAUGAAUUUGGAUUUACUUGAAUCUUUUGGCCAAAACUAUCCUGAGGAAUUUGAUGGGGCGCUUGAUUGUAUUUCAAUGGCAGUCACAUGCACUUUUAACAAGCGUGGAACCCUGCUAGCUGUUGGUUGCAAUGAUGGGAGGAUAGUUGUCUGGGACUUUCUUACAAGAGGAAUAGCCAAGAUCAUCAGUGCUCAUGUACACCCCGUGUGUUCUCUAUGCUGGUCAAGGAGUGGACACACAAUUUUAAGUGCAUCUACAGACAACACUGUGGCUAUUUGGGAAGUUCUCACUGGAGAAUGUAAUCAAAGAUACAGGUUUCCAUCACCAAUUUUAAAAGUGCAGUUUCACCCAAGGAAAGCUGACACUUUUCUAGUGUGUCCUAUGCGACAUGCAGCUGUACUUGUUGAGUUACAAGGAAAUCACAAGUUGUUACCCUUAGAUGAGGACGAGAGUGAUCUGAACAUCACAGCUUCAUUUGAUAGAAGAGGUCAGUAUAUUUAUACUGGUAAUGGGAGAGGGCGCAUCCUGGUAUUGGAUGCCACAUCACUCGAAGUACGAGCAUCCUUUCGUAUUACCCAAGGAACAACUAGCACAACAGCAGUCCGCAGCAUUGAUUUUGCACGACGCGGAGAUCAUUUUUUAGUAAACAGCGCGGACCGAAUUAUUCGUGUAUACGAUGCCAAAGAAAUUCUGGCGUGCGGGAAAGACGGGGAUCCUGAGCCAAUGCAGCGAUUACAAGAUCUCGUCAACAAAACUACCUGGAAAAAAUGCUGCUUUUCUGGAGACGGCGAAUAUAUAUGUGCAGGAUCAGCAAGACAGCACGCACUUUACGUUUGGGAACGAAGCAUAGGAAAUUUAGUUAAAAUUUUGCAUGGGACGAAAGGAGAAUUGUUGUUAGAUGUCGUCUGGCAUCCUGUGAGACCUAUAAUAGCGUCAGUGUCAAGUGGAGUAGUCUCAAUUUGGGCGCAAAAUCAAGUUGAAAACUGGUCGGCCUUUGCCCCCGAUUUUAAAGAACUUGAUGAAAAUGUUGAAUACGAAGAGCGGGAAUCUGAAUUCGAUCUUGCGGAUGAAGAUAAAUCUGUAACGCAGAACGAACGGGAAGUUGAAGACGAUUUGGAGGUGGACGUAACGACUGUUCAACCGAUAUCCGCCUAUUAUUCCUCUGACGAAGAAAAAGAUGACGAAGAUAUUUUGCUGUAUUUGCCUAUUGCUCCCGAGGUAGAAGAGCCAGAGGACGGCUGGAAUCCAUCUGCCGAAUUGGAAGAUGGAGCCACAUCAGGAACCAAAAGAAGUAGUCAUCAGGACCAAAAAGAAAACAGUUCUCCUAAAAAAAAGCGUACGAAAAGCUAUGAAAUAUCUCUAGCCAAUGCCCCCACAGAUGAGGUUCACCCAUUGAUGAGUAGCAAAAAAGAUAAGCCAGCUGUGGCAGGUGGAAAGAAGGUGGUCGGACCUGGACGACCUCGUAACAGUGACACUGGCAAAAGAUUUGAGCGCAGCCGAUCAGGAAAAUAAUACGGUUGAUGUAAGUUUUCAGAAUUUUCGUUAUGCAUCUGUCCUCACACCAUUCGCAUUAUUUUCGUAUUCAACUACUUUUCUCAAAGUCGUGCAACUUUUGAACAUUUGGGAAUUAUUACAUUAUGUGAAAUUAAACGAAGUAUGCGAUUUC